UAUAAAUAAUCUGAAUUAGCUUCAUUAUUCCUCAGGCAGCAAUCCAACAAUCUAAGGCUUCUUCGGUUCGAUCGCUCUCAUCUCAAUCGGAAGUGAGUUUUCUGCCGAAGAAAGCCAAUUCAAUAUAAUCAAUCUCAUCAUCCGCCAUGGAAAUGAAGAAGAUCGCUUGCGCCGCCCUCUUUGCCGCCGCCGCCGUCAGCUCCGCUGUGGCUGCCGAUGAGUCUCUUUCUCCCGCCGCUGCCCCGGGGCCGAGCAGCGCCGCCUCCGCCGCUCUCCCCGCCCUCGGAUCCCUUGUCGGUGCCUCACUUGUUACCUUCGUUGCCUACUUCUUGAACUGAAGCCCCGCCUGAGAAGGAAAUUUUAAGUUUAUUAUUAUUUUUCGCUUUUUUUAUGUGUUUGGUUUUUACGAUUUCCAUGGAGGAUGUGAUUUGACGUCAUAUAUGAAUGAAAAAUAAGAAGAAAAAAAAAA